UCUUUCUUUCUUUCUUUCUUUCUUUCUUUCUUUCUUUCCUGAUGUUUACUCAACAGCGUCCUUUCUUUUUCCUUUCUUGCCUGCCUGCCUUCCUACCUAGCUUCCUUUUUCUUUCUGUCUUUCUUUCUGUCUUUCUUUCUUUCUUUCUUUCGUUCUCUUUCUGUCUUUCCACAAAGCGUUCACUGCCCUGAAGAUUUCAGGAAUCGUAAAGUUGCAGCUUCACCUCUGACCGUUACGAAGCGCCGACACUGGAGACUCCUUCCGUAAGAGUUCGAUGAGACGGAAAACUUCACCCCUCACAGAUAGUGUUUAUCCAUUUCCGCCCAGCGUGACAUCACAAGUCCUCGCGCUGUUCUACAGAAAUGAAUCUGCACCUUCUGACCACCUCAGAACUGAAAACAGCUGUACAUAUAAACUGUUGUGGAGAUAAUACAUUUUAAAAUACACUGUGUAAUAAAGCUACAGAUCUAGCCCAGGUCAAGAGGACAGAACAUUGCUAAGCGGUCGAUGGCACGCUGAUAAUGAAUUACAAACAGCAGAGACGAUGUUCCCUCGCUGACAUCUGGCCGGACGCCCAGGGACAUCCGAGUCUCAGCAGGCGGAGCAGCUCAGGGGACAGAGGAUACCACGGAAUAUCGGUCCCUCAUCCUUUUACACGGAAAGCAUAUAAACGGGGAGAUGGCGACGGGGCGGGCGAGACAGAUGGUUUUGUAAAUUGCGUACAUGUUGACACAGUAUGAAUCUAUAUCACGCUUCCUUUGAGGAUGCGACGGAGGACGUUGGCAAGAAAUGUCGGGGACAGGUGCCGAUAUCUCCCAGGUGCACUGGAAGCAGCAGUGGCUGGAGAACGGGACGCUCUUCUUCCACGUGUCCAUGAGCAGUUCGGAGCAGCUGUUUCAGGCCACGCAGCCCACAGCGCGAGAGCCAUCCCAGGGCCUACACGAGCACGUGCACCUGCUUCACAUCUCCGUCAUGGGUGGCCUGAUUGCUCUCCUCCUCCUCAUCCUCCUCUUCACCCUGGUCCUGUACACUCGGCAGCGUUGGUGCCGUCGCCGUCGGGCGCCCCAAAAAAGUGCCAGCACUGAAGCCACCCACGAGAUCCACUACAUCCCUUCGGUUCUGCUCGGACCACCCCAGUCGAGGGACGGGUUCCGGACACCUCGCGCCCACCAGCACGGCUCGGUCAUCGGCAUGGCUAUCCGUGAGACGCCCAUCCUGGACGACUGCGACUGCGAAGACGACGAGCAGCCCGGCCAGCUCCUGGACGGGAAGGUUCAUAUGGACGACGACUUCUGCAGCCAGGGGACUCGCAGCAUGGACAGUCUAGGAAAAGGAGGAUGCGAUGCGAAUCAUAAACACAGCCUGGAUAACAGAGUCAUGGAGCCCCAGCACGAGUCCGUGGAAGCUUUAGUGCAGAGAAUUAAGGACAGUUUCCGCACCAACACUACCAUGGAGAUCACGCACUUCCAGAACGCGACACACAGCUCGUCGACCAGCCGCAAACGAGGACCGACUCAAAACCGAGGUGGUGUGUUUGGCCAUCAGGAGUGUUCAAGCUCUGAUGUGGAUGAUGAGAAUCAGCCGAAAUUUUACACGGAGCACCGCAUAGGCAGACGCCGCAGUAAAGGAUGCCCUCAGAGCCCCAUGAGUAAGGCCACUCUGACGUUGAUCACAGUGAGCACGUGUGUUCUAGCCGUGGUGUACGGCUCACACACCUCCUGCCCACUGAGCGUCAAGGUCACGCUGCACGUCCCCGAGCACUUCGUCGCAGACGGAAGCAGCUUUGUGGUGAGUAUGGGCAGUUACCUGGACGUGUCUAACUGGCUGAACCCGGCCAAGCUGACGCUGUAUUACCAGUCCAACUCGUCCUCACAGUGGGUGCGUGAUUACUGCGGCCAGAGGACCACAGAUCCCUGCGAACAGCUGUGUGACCAGGAUACUGGAGAAUGCAGCUGCCUGGACGGUUACUCGCCUGACCCUGAACACGCACACCUCUGCAUCCGUACCGACUGGGGACGGAACGAAGGGCCGUGGCCGUACUCAAACCUGGAGCGAGGUUAUGACCUGGUGACGGGAGAACAAGCGCCGGAGAAGAUCUUCAGGUCCUCUUACAGUCUGGGCCAAGGCCUUUGGCUGCCCGUCAGCAAGAGCUUUGUGGUGCCACCAGUCGAGCUGUCAAUCAACCCUGUCGCCAGCUGCAAGACCGACGUACUCGUCACCGAAGACCCCGGGGACAUCCGGGAAGAGGCCAUGAUGUCCACGCACUUUGAGACAGUAGACGAUUUGCUGGCGUCGUUCGGCCCGGUGAGAGACUGUUCCAAGGACAACGGCGGCUGCAGGAAGAACUUCAAGUGUGUUUCUGACAGACGGCUCGAUUCCACAGGCUGCAUGUGUCCUGAAGGCUUGCGGCCGAUGAAGGACGGAUCGGGUUGCUAUGACUACUCCGUGGGUACAGACUGUACGGACGGGUUUAAUGGUGGCUGUGAGCAACUUUGUCUUCAGCAGCUCGUGGCCCUGCCGGACGAUCCCACUUCCAACAAUGUGCUCAUGUUCUGCGGGUGUGUGCAGGAAUACAAGCUGGCAGCAGACGGACGCUCCUGCCUUCUCCUAGCUGAUAACUGCGAAGGCCCCAAGUGCCCUAAACAGGACUCCCGCUUCAAUGACACGCUCUUCAGCGAAAUGCUGCACGGUUACAACAACAAGACGCAAGAGGUCAACCUGGGUCAGGUGUUUCAGAUGACCUUCCGGGACAACAACUUCAUUAAGGAUUUUCCUCAGCUGGCUGAUGGACUGAUGGUCAUCCCUCUGCCGGUAGAAGAGCAGUGUAGAGGAGUGCUGUCAGAACCUCUACCUAACCUACAGCUCCUCAUGGGAGACGCCCAGUUCAGUGAGGGGAUGGGAUAUCCCAUGGUGCAACAGUGGCAAGUCCGGAGCAACCUCUACAGGGUCAAGCUCAGCGCCAUCACUCUGUCUACAGGAUUCUCUAAGGUUCUGAAAUCUCUGACGGCAGACAGCACGCGUGACGAGCUGCUGUCUUUCAUCCAACAGUACGGCAGCCAUUACGUCUCCGAGGCUCUGUACGGCUCCGAGCUCAGCUGUAACAUCUACUUCCCCAGCAAGAAGGUGCAGCAGCAGCUCUGGCUCCAGUAUCAGAAAGAGGUGACAGAGCAGGUGAGCCGCAGGGACCUGAAAGCUGUACCCUUCAUCACUUACCUGUCUGACCUGAUGAAGACUCAGCUGCUGUCUGAUGACCUUGUGGCUGGAGUGGAAAUCCAGUGUCAGGAGAAGGGCAGCUGCCCGGCGGCGUGUCACCUGUGCAGGCAGGUGGGCAGAGACAGUCCGAGCCCCACGCCAGCAUUGCUGGAGGUCAGCCGCUCGGUGCCACUCUACAGCCUCAUACAGGACAACUUCACCAAAGAGGCCUUCAAGAGUGCCGCGAUGAGCUCAUACUGGUGCACGGGCAAAGGUGACGUCAUCGACAACUGGUGCCGCUGCGACCUGAGCGCCUUCGGCAGCGACGGCCUGCCCAACUGCAGUCCCCUGCUGCAGCCCGUAUUGAGGUUGUCUCCUCACCUGGAGCCCUCGAGCACUGUAGUGGCUCUCGAGUGGGUAGAUGUGGAACCUCUGAUCGGCUACAAAGUGGCCGAUUACAUCAUCCAACAUAAGCGCAUCGAGGACCCAUCCGAAGCCGAGAUCUACACUGGCGAGGUACUGAGUCUGGUGGAUGACUUGUUCUCCGGAUUGGGUUCUUCAUGUGUGGUCCCUGGAAAGAAAAGUGGAGAACAUCCUCAUUCCGUUAUCUACUCCCUCAUCUUUAAGUGCCUGGAACCUGAUAGCCUCUAUAAGUUCACGCUCUAUGCCUUGGACAGCCGCGGCAGCCGUUCCGAGGCGAGCUACGUGACAGUGCGCACUUCCUGUCCAAUAGUUGAUGACAGCAGAGCAGAAGAGAUAGCAGACCGGGUAUACAACCUGUAUAACGGCUACACGAGUGGCAAGGAGCAGCAAACAGCCUACAACACGCUGAUGGAGGUCUCUCCACCUACACUAUACCGUGUCCAACACCAUUACAACUCGCACUACGAGAAGUUCGGAGACUUUGUGUGGCGGAGCGAGGACGAACUAGGACCCAGGAAAGCCCACCUAAUCCUAAGACGAGUGGAUCGGAUCAGCCUCCUCUGUCGCUCUCUUCUGCGGAGUGGUUACAUCCAGAGCCGGACCGAGUCCAUGUCGUACGUCAUGUGCAGGAGCGAAGACAUGCGAUUGGCUAGCAGCACUUGGCACAGCUCUCUCCAUGAGACACGGCUAACCUGUGCGGAGAAGAUCCUGUCUGUCCAGCGCAAUAUAUACGGCAAGUCCAAACUCCGGUGAAACGGCCUGUUUCACCUUUUAGACUCGUCCCUAUCUGAUCUGAUCUGUUUUCUAAACCUGUAUGAAAUGCAAGACUGUUCAACCUUUUCACCAAAACGAAAGGACUUUCUUUCUUUUUUUCUUCUUUUUUUUUUUCGCCACGCGUCCCCUCUGGCUCGUUUUCCAGCAUGGAGGAGGGGUAGAAGAAGGUAGCUUGGAAAUUGAAGAACUUUUACUUUGUACUUUUUGUAAGGACCAGACUAAAGAAGGCCUGAAUGUUAGGUCCUCACUUCACGGUGCUGCAAGUUUCACACACCAGGAGGACGAUGAACCGAGCAGCUUUCGCACGUGUCUGUAACAUAUUUGGAAACCAAGCUGAACGGAGAAUGCGAAAAGCCUGAAUCAUCUUGAAUGCAAUGCAACGGUUUGACGAUUAUUAUCAACAACAAUUAAGGGGACUUUGAUGUCUAUAUUCUUCAUCUCUCCAGCGUUUUCCUGUUUUAAACAGGGGCGACCUUGUGGCUUCAUUUCCACAGACAGACCAUUUCAACACAAGAAACUCCACCUUAACGAUAAAUUUAUGAUUAGUUCAGGGCUGUUGCACUACCAUCUUUUUUUGGCUGAGAUUUUGACGGGGGGGGGGGGGGGGGGGGGGGGUGAAGUGUCACAUGGCGAAGGGGUUGUCGUGUUAUAUAACUAUUGUAUAACUGCUCACAUGGGCCGAGUUGUAACACGCCGGGAAUUAACCAAAAGGUCAUAAACUAGCUUCGACAACUUAUUUUGAGUAAUUUUCCAUUUCAUGUGAUAUCAUUUGUGAUAGUAAAUUAUACUCUUGUACAUAAGAUUGUAAAUACAGUAUGUACCAAGUCAAUAUGAUUGUCUUUUUU